UGCGCCGCUGCUCCCAGACGUGCCCCCAAGGCUUUCCGCCGCUGCCAUGCUCGGGCAUCUCCGGCGAUCCCUCCGCGCUUUUCACCGCCUACCCGCCACCGGCCACGCAGCCUGCGAUCCCGUCCCUCUCCACCGGUUCUGGAGUUCGCAUAUAGUGCCUGUAUCUGGUUGGUGUAACAAGCAUGCUACUAGAGAUUUCUCUACUUCCGAAAAAGUUACCAGAGGUCGAGUAUAUCAGCAAGAGGAGUUAGAACCAACUACACCUGCGAAGGAUACUGAUAUAAUAAUUGAUUGCAUAAAAAAGAGCACAAGGGAAUUGGAACAAGGGCCCAUUGGAAAAAAAUUGUCUUCGGCGGAGAAAAGACAAUUUCUUGUCGAUACUCUCCUUGGUCUUGAAGAUUCAAGAGAAGUUGUUUACGGCACGCUUGAUGCUUGGGUUGCCUUUGAGCAGGAUUUUCCUCUUCCUUCACUAAGGCAAGCACUUUCAGCUCUUGAAAAGGAGGAACAGUGGCAUAGAAUUGUCCAGGUGAUAAAAUGGAUACUAAGCAAAGGGCAAGGCAACACAAUGGGAACAUAUGAGCAAUUAGUGCGUGCACUUGAGAAGGAUAAUAGAGCUGAGGAAGCACAUGAAAUCUGGCAGAAGAAAAUAGCCCAUGACCUGCAUUCAGUUCCUUGGCGUUUCUGUCAUCUUAUGCUGGCAAUCUAUUACAGAAAUAAUAGGCUAGAAAGGCUCGUGAAGCUCUUCAAAGAACUAGAAGCAUGUGGUCAUAAACGUCCAAGAAAAGAUAUUAUACGGAAAGUUGAAGAUGCAUAUGAAAUGCUUGGACUACUAGAAGAAAAGAAUGCGUUGCUUGAAAAAUACAAGGAUUUAUACAACAAGCCAUAUCGGGGUGAUCGAAAGAAAGGCUCCAAAUCCAAAAGGACUGAGAUGAAUAAGACAAGCGGGCACUAUAAAUCACAACAAUAUUAUUCUGUUCUCAGCGGAUGGCAGCAAGAUGGAAACAUCUGAAAAUCUUCAAGAUCACUGUUGCCGUUUAGAUGAGGAAUCUGCUGCCACCAUUAAGUCAUGACAUGAGGUGAUGUGAGAUUCAUUACUGAUCCACCGACGAGGCUAUAAGAUGAGGCAAAAACUGGAUGCUGCCAGCAUUAGUUAUCUUAUUAUAUGCUCUCAGUACAUGUCUAGCUGAUGCAGACAGUAGUGGGUGUCCCUUAAUUUGGGACAUGCCAUCUCUCUUUUUUUUUCCUGAUGCUGUUGAUAGUUUGCAAUAUUCUGAAUUUUAUUUUGGUAAACCUGCUUGGGCGAAACAUACCAUCCCCGCUGACAUCAACGGUUACUCUUGGUGUUGUCUAGCCAUGGGCCAUGGUACAAGGGCAUUUGUAUUUGCUGAGAAACUGAAAAUUUGGGGUUGUUACUAAAUAAUGAGUACAGGCGCAUCCCGUUCUUUUUGGCA